CUGUCUAAGGAUGCUUUUUUUAGAGAAGCUACGUCAGAUGAAAGUGAAUCAGAUGAAAGUUGGUACACCACCGAUAGUGAAGGAGAAGAAGAAGGUCGACCAGUUUACGAAGAUGAGGAUGUAUGUGAAGAGCUGACUCUUCCAAGUGGUGCAAGGAUUGGUCACAGACUCUAUCGACGUUACUAUAAGCAAAACAUCCGACCAGAAUCGAUGAGCGUAGUGACCCGAAAUAAAAACACGCCCACAGGAACCCGACAGAUUUAUCAAUAUGUUGGCCUUACAACUACAGGACGUCCUGCCUAUCGAGCCGCCAUGGACAAUUCAGCUUUUCGUAAGUUUUUGGCAAAGAAGAAUCUAAAGCUUGGCGUCAGUGGAAACAAGCUUCAAACUCACUUCAGGCGACAAACUGGAUUUUUUUAA